UUUCGGCCUCAUUGCGUCAUCGCGUACCGGGAACGCUGACGUGUAAUCGCGGAAGUGAGCCUGGUGCCUUCGUUUUGUCCACUUGGUGACAGUUCAUAAUGGAAAGAUUUGCGGUUUUACACUGAAUUACUACGCAAACAGGAGUCGGACCUGACUGGACAGCAGACAUCGAGAGACAUCGGGCAUACACUGCUGGUCCAGAUAUCACCUAUGAAGCUGGAGACUGAAACUUCAUGCAUCAUGCCGCUAAUGUGCAUUUCCACAACAUCGAAAACCUUUGGUAAAACAGCAUCUGUGAUGUGACUGGGAAUCUGAUAACUUGACUCCAGUACGCCAAGAAGACGACAAAAUCUCACAUUAUGAACAAACAACGACUGGUCAUCAAGAGCAAUGUACAUAAGGGUCCCAGUUCCUAUUUUGCGGAGGGAAAGCGACAUACAAAAGUGGCCAGGAGCUACAGAAGUUUCCGGUUGAAAUGGCCCAGGAACUCGGAACUAAGUUUCCAAAUUUUGACGUGGGUUUCAGGGACCACAACAAAGGCAGCCAUGAGUCGACGGAAGAUUGGAGACUUGUACAGAGCCCCCUUCCCCCUGUACACAGUUCAUUUUCAUAGAGAAACAGGAUUGGUUAUUACAGCUGGUGGCGGUGGUGCUUCUAAGACUGGCAUUAAGAAUGGAGUGCACUUUCUUAGCCUGGAGCUGGUUGAGGGGAAGCAUAGUGCCACAUUGCUGCACUCCCACGACACUGAAACACGCGCCACCAUGAACAUGGCUGUUGAAGGCAAUGUUAUGGCUGCUGGACAAGACGGUUGCUGCUGCCUGAUGCGCUUUCAGCAGCACUCACCCAAGGACCUUCGCAAGGAUAACACCAAGCGGGGUGCUAGUGGUGAUGUUGAUGGCCCCAGGCGGCGAGAUGGUCAUCAUCAGGGCAGUGGGGGAGGUGGUGGACUGGAGACCAGGACUGAGAGUUCCCAAGUGAAGGUGGAGGUGCUGGGUGAGGUGUGCUCUGACCUGAGCCCCACUGAUGCACUGCAGAAAUGCGUCAGGUUCAGCCCGGAGCACAACCUUUUGCUGACUGGGGGUGCCGAUGGCCACGUCCGUGUAUGGGAGUAUCCUUCUUUGAAGAAGAAACUGGAUUUCAAAGCUCAUGAAGGAGAGAUUCAAGAUUUAGACAUUAGUUCAAACAAAAAGGUUGUGACAGUGGGGCGUGAUUUUGCAUGCUGUGUCUGGAGUGAUGACCAGCUGGCCAUGGGUCUGCGCUGGCAAGACAGCCUGCCUCAUAUCGCUGAAAAGAUGUAUCGCUACCAGGCCUGCAGGUUUGGAAAGGUAGAGGACCUGCCAGGUGUUCUUAGACUGUACACUGUUCAGGUACCCCACAAAAGAGAUCGCAAACCGCCUGCUUGCUAUAUCACCAAAUGGGAAGGGCAAAACUUUUUGCCCCUCCUCACAAAACCUUGUGGUAAAGAAGUCAUCUCCUGUCUUGAGGUUAGUGACUCUGGGACAUUCCUGGGCUUGGGGACAGUAACCGGAUCAGUGGCCAUAUUUAUUGCUUUCUCACUACAGAAGCUGUAUUACGUACAGGAAGCUCACGGUAUCGUGGUGACAGACUUAGCCUUCCUCCCAGAAGUGGUGCAGGGCAAGAAUUUCCUGGGAGACAAUGAAGUAGCUAUGUUAAGUGUGGCGGUGGACAGCCGCUGUCAGAUGCACAUAAUUCCAAAUCGCAGGUCCUUUCCUAUAUGGCUGGUGCUGCUGCUGUGUGGCCUCCUCAUCGUGGCUGUGGUCUUCCUCCUGCAGCAGGUCUUCCCAGGGUUCAUUUAGCCUAAGUGCACUCCACAUCCAGUGUAUCCAAGACCCAAGGAUGCUGCCUCUUCAUGGAUGAUGCUUGAGCAACAACAUGCAAUUAUUUAAAUUAAUCCUAUAAAUCAGAAUACUGGAAGGUAGUUAUAGAAAUAGCAGGAUUCUCACUUUUUUGAUACAGUUCUUUCUUUACCACUAGAAUUAUAAGUGAUUGCUGUUAAGCAGUGAGGCCAGUCACCCAAUGGAGAGCAGUGUCACCAGAAGGUGGUGCUGGAGAGAACUAGAGCAAGUUCACAUCUACUUUCUUGUACAGAUGUCCCAUAGAUAAGCUGGAGAGCACCCCUUCCUCUUUUCUAUACUUGUGCUUAACCCCCCCAAAACUGAUGUUGCAUAUAUAACAGGUGUGUUUGUUUAAAAAAUGUGCAGUAUGCUUGUCUGGGGUUUGUAAUUGAAAAUAUUAUAAAUUUUAUUUUGACUGUGUCUCCUCCGUGCUUUGAUGCUGUAGUGUUCUCCCUGGGAGUUUCCUGGGUCACACACCAAGUGCUCUUAUUGUAUUAAAGCAAACUUAUUUUAAAGCUUG